AUGUUGGAGCUUUCUAAGGUGUGCACUACUGGCUCCAUAUACCAAACUAUGCAGGCUCAGGGUCUGAAAAGGUCUGACAACCUAAGACAAGCGGUAUGGGAGUACGGAGUACCUACGGUAGGCCGUGGCGCGGUAAGGGCGAGCGCGGUCGAUGAGCCCGGUGGUAGGGGGCAGCACGGUGCCUGCUACGGGGCGAGGGGAGCCUCUCCCCGCAUCGCCCUUCUGCUUGCGCACACGUACGGUCGCGCCGCGCGUUCACUGAUGCGUCAUACUGCUAUCGAAGACGACGCGUGUUCUAUCCAUUCGGAACGACACUUCCCGCGCGCCAUGUGA